GAGAUCAGAUAGUGGAGAAAUGCGCGAUGAAACGGCUCAGAGACAAGUUAUUGCAGGAAGACGGACUGAGUUUAGACAAAGCACUGUCAAUUGCUCGCGCUUUUGAAGCCGCGCAGGCAGAAUCAAAGCUUUUCACAGAAAGUUCUGGUCACAGAACGAGGGACGCUCAGGUUAACUUUACAAAGAGAAGUUCAUACGCAAAAAGCGGAGGAGCAGCAGGACCCGCCCGUCAAAGGAAAGGCAGCCAAGAGGAAGCCGAGAGCGACACCCAGUGUCACAGAUGUGGAAUGACAACUCACACAGAGGAUGAAUGUGGUGCAAAGAUGGCAACAUGCCUAUUUUGCAGAAAGAAAGGACAUUAUGCACGCAUGUGUUUUAAAAAGAAAAAAAAAUGCACAUACAGAAAAUGAAAGUGUCAAGACUAAAAACUGGAAUAAAGAAAAAGAAAAAACGAAGAAAAAUAAACCAGUGAGAGCAGUGAUACAGGAUGCUUCUGACUCAGAUUCAGAUGAAUUUAUCCAUGCCGUUGACUCUGAAGGCACAGAGACAAUAAAGGUGAAUGGACAUUGGCUAAAAAUGGUCAUAGACACAGGAAGUGGCAGAAACUUUAUCGGCGAGAACCUCUAUAAGAGAAUAAUGUCAACUAAAACAAAACUGAAAUCAACCAAGAAGAAAUUUUAUGCCUAUGCCCAGACAACUCCACUUAAAUGUGUGGGAUAUUUUGAGGCAGAACUGAAAUGGAAGAACAACACUGUCACAGACAAAAUAUAUGUGAUCGAAGGAAAUGUUGAAGCACUACUUGAAAGAAAAACAAUCUUUGAGUUAAAAAUAUUUAAAACAGAAGAGGAAGUAAAAAGAGUAGAACAAAAAGACAAGUUCAAUGAGCUCAUUGCAGAGUACCCUCUUGUUUUUAAAGGACUUGGUCAGAUUAAAGGUUAUAGCCACAAGGUU